GUGCAUCAUUUGAUGGAACUAAUAGAUCCUGUGCAAUACGUGAACUUCAUAUAUAUGGAAGCACCAUUUUUAGUAUAUUCUACUGCACAUCUUCUUUUGGUUUUUUCUUCAGAGUAGUGCUAUUUUGUAUUGGUAAUCCAUGCAAUCGCUGUCAACUUUCCAGGGUCUUAGUUUCAGUCCAGAAAUGCAGAAAAAGCCUACUAAAUAUUUUUCUGGAGGAUGGCAUAUGCGAAUAGCUCUAGCACGUGCUUCAUUCGUCGAGCUUGACUUGCUACUUCUUGAUGAGCCUACGAAUCAUCUUGAUCUUCAUGGUGUGUUAUGGCUGGAGUCCUACCUAGUGAAAUGGCCAAAGGCGUUCAUUGUUGUUUCUCAUGCUAGGAAGUUCCUAAAUACGGUAAUUACAGAUAUACUCCAUUUACAUAAUCAAAAACUGAUUGUUUAUAAGGAAGACUAUUAUACCUUUGAAAGAACACGUGAGCAGCAGCUCCGAAAUCAGCAGAAGGCCUUUGAGACAAGUGAAAAGGCUAGAGCCCACAUAAAUGAGUAUCAUUUGGGAGUACCAGAACAAAAACUACGAGCACACCUAGGUUCUUUUGGUGUCUCAGGCAAUCUUGCACUUCAACCAAUGUAUACUUUGUCAGGUGGUCAGAAAAGUAGAGUUGCAUUCUCAAAAAUCACUUUCAAGAAACCGCAUAUAAUUUUGCUAGAUGAGCCAUCAAAUCAUCUUGACUUGGAUGCAGUUGAGGCACUUAUCCAAGGCCUAGUCGUUUUUCAAGGAGGGGUUCUGAUGGUGAGCCAUGAUGAACACUUGAUAUCAAGCAGUAUUUGCUCAAUGACCCAAAACUCAUUGCAAUCAUAUAUACUCGAGUUAUUACUAAAAUCUCUCUGUUUGCCAUGUUUAUGUUUCAAGAUGGACAACAAGAUUAUACAAACUUGUCAUUCUACUUCAAUGUAAAAUGAACUGGAUUUUGU